AUGGGACCAGGGAGGGGGCAGGGGUCCAGCCCUCCAGCACCCCUUCCCUGGGGGAGUGAGCCAGCAUCGCACUCGGUGCGGCUGGGGAAGCGGGGCAGAUGGGGGAUGUGGUGCUGGAGGAUCCGUCCGCAGCUGCCCAAAGAGAAGAUAGAGGGAUGUCACAUCUGUACCUCGGUGACACCUGGCGAGCCCCAGGUGCUGCUGGGGAAGGACAAGGCCUUCACCUAUGACUUUGUCUUUGACCUGGACACGUGGCAGGAGCGGAUCUACACCACGUGCAUGGGGAAGCUCAUCGAGGGCUGCUUCGAGGGCUACAAUGCCACCGUGCUGGCCUACGGGCAGACUGGAGCAGGGAAGACCUACACCAUGGGCACGGGCUUCGACAUGAGCAUCUCGGAGGAGGAGCAGGGCAUCAUCCCCCGGGCCAUCAGCCACCUCUUCAGCGGCAUCGAGGAGCGCAAGCGAGCGGCCCGGAGCCAGGGCGUGGCCGCGCCCGAGUUCAAAGUCAGCGCCCAGUUCCUGGAGCUCUACAACGAGGAGAUCCUGGACCUGUUUGACAGCACGCGCGACCCCGACGCGCGCCACCGCAAAUCCAACAUCAAAAUCCACGAGGAUGCCAGCGGGAGCAUCUACACCACGGGGGUCACCUCACGCCUCAUCAGCUCCCAGGAUGAGCUGAUCCAGUGCCUAAAACAAGGAGCUCUUUCCCGCACCACCGCCAGCACCCAGAUGAACGUGCAGAGCUCCCGCUCCCAUGCCAUCUUCACCAUUCACCUGUGCCAGACGAGAGUGUGUGCCCGCCCAGAGCUGGUGAAUGAGGAGGUGAGCAGCCUUCUGGAUGGAUCCCAGCCUGCUGCUGAGUACGAGACCUUGACAGCCAAGUUUCACUUUGUGGACCUGGCUGGCUCGGAGAGGCUGAAGCGGACGGGCGCCACUGGCGAGAGAGCGAAGGAGGGGAUCUCCAUCAACUGUGGGCUGCUGGCCUUGGGGAAUGUCAUCAGUGCCCUUGGAGACCAGAGCAAGAAGGUCGUGCACGUGCCCUACCGUGACUCCAAGCUCACCCGCCUGCUGCAGGACUCCCUCGGGGGCAACAGCCAAACCAUCAUGAUUGCCUGUGUGAGCCCCUCUGACCGGGAUUUCAUGGAGACCCUGAACACGCUCAAGUACGCGAACCGGGCCCGCAACAUCAAGAACAAGGUAGUGGUGAACCAGGACAAGACGAGCCAGCAGAUCAGCGCCCUGCGCGCCGAGAUCGCCCGGCUGCAGAUGGAGCUGAUGGAGUACAAGGCUGGCAAGCGUGUGAUCGGGGAGGACGGCUCGGAGGGCUACAGUGACCUGUUCCGUGAGAACGCCAUGCUGCAGAAGGAGAACAGCGCCCUGCGCAUGCGGGUGAAGGCCAUGCAGGAGGCCAUCGACGCCAUCAACAGCAGGGUCACCUACCUCAUGAGCCAGGAGGCCAACCUGAUGCUGGCCAAAGCAGGUGAUGGUAACGAAGCCAUCGGCACCCUCAUCCAGAACUACAUCCGGGAGAUUGAGGAGCUGAGGACCAAGCUCCUGGAGAGCGAGUCCAUGAACGAGUCCCUGCGCCGCAGCCUCUCGCGGCUCUCUGCCCGCGGCCCCUUCUCCGUGGGCUCCUCCCCGGGCUCUGGCCUGGCUGCUCUCUGCAGCCCCGCGGCUCCCACGGACACCGAGGCCUCGGACGUGCUCCGGAGGGCCAAGCAGGACCUGGAGCGCCUCAAGAAGAAGGAGCGGCGGCAGCAGAGGAAGAGCCCGGAGAAGGAGGCGUUUAAGAAGCGGCAGAAACUGCAGCAGGACAAUGGGGAGGAGACGGAUGAGAACGAGGUGGAAGAGGAGGAGGAAGAACAGGACGAGAGUGGCUGUGAGGAAGAGGAUGGGCGUGAGGACGAAGAUGAGGACUCGGGCAGUGAGGAGAGCCUGGUGGACUCAGACUCGGAUGCAGAGGAGAAGGCCGUGAAUUUCCAGGCCGACCUGGCAGAUCUGACCUGUGAGAUUGAGAUCAAGCAGAAGCUGAUUGACGAGCUGGAGAACAGCCAGCGGCGUUUGCAGACCCUCAAGCACCAGUAUGAGGAGAAGCUGAUCCUACUGCAGAACAAGAUUCGGGACACGCAGCUGGAGCGGGACCGGGUCCUGCAAAACCUCAGCACCAUGGAGUGUUACACGGAGGAGAAAGCCAACAAGAUCAAAGCAGACUACGAGAAGCGUCUGAAGGAGAUGAACCGGGACCUGCAGAAGCUGCAGGCAGCCCAGAAGGAGCACGCUCGCCUGCUCAAGAACCAGCAACAGGAUGUGCUGGGGGAGGAGGAAGAACAGGACGAGAGUGGCUGUGAGGAAGAGGAUGGGCGUGAGGACGAAGAUGAGGACUCGGGCAGUGAGGAGAGCCUGGUGGACUCAGACUCGGAUGCAGAGGAGAAGGCCGUGAAUUUCCAGGCCGACCUGGCAGAUCUGACCUGUGAGAUUGAGAUCAAGCAGAAGCUGAUUGACGAGCUGGAGAACAGCCAGCGGCGUUUGCAGACCCUCAAGCACCAGUAUGAGGAGAAGCUGAUCCUACUGCAGAACAAGAUUCGGGACACGCAGCUGGAGCGGGACCGGGUCCUGCAAAACCUCAGCACCAUGGAGUGUUACACGGAGGAGAAAGCCAACAAGAUCAAAGCAGACUACGAGAAGCGUCUGAAGGAGAUGAACCGGGACCUGCAGAAGCUGCAGGCAGCCCAGAAGGAGCACGCUCGCCUGCUCAAGAACCAGUCCCGCUACGAGCGGGAGCUGCGCAAGCUGCAGGCAGAGGUGGCCGAGAUGAAGAAGGCAAAGCCCCGGCUGGCGGAGACCAAGAGGAACCGGGAGAUCGCCCAGCUCAAGAAGGAGCAGCGCCGGCAGGAGUUCCAGAUCAGGGCUCUGGAAUCUCAGAAGCGACAGCAGGAAAUAGUGCUGCGGAGGAAGACCCAGGAGGUGUCAGCCCUGCGCCGCCUGGCCAAGCCCAUGUCCGAGCGGGUGGCAGGCAGGACGGGCCAGAAGCCGGCCAUGCUGGACUCGGGCGCGGAGGUCUCGGCCAGCACCACCUCCUCCGAGCCCGAGUCCGGCGCGCGCUCCGUCUCCAGCAUCGUGCGCCAGUGGAACAGGAAAAUCAACAACUUCCUGGGAGACCCCUCGUCCUCCAUCAAUGGGGCUCGGCCUGCCAGGAAGAAGUUCCCCAAGAAGGGUUCCAGCCAGACCUUCAGCAAAGCUGCCCGCCUCAAGUGGCAGUCGCUGGAGCGGCGCAUCUUCGACAUCGUCAUGCAGAGAAUGACCAUUGUCAACCUGGAGGCUGACAUGGAGAGGCUCAUCAAGAAACGUGAGGAGCUCUCACUGCUGCAGGAGGCGUUGCUGAGCAAGCGAGCAAAGCUGCAGGCCGAGAGCCCCAAGGAGCAGAAGGGUCUGCAAGAGCUGAACGAGGAGAUUGAGGUGCUGGGGGCCAACAUUGACUACAUCAACGACAGCAUUUCAGACUGCCAGGCCACCAUCAUGCAGAUUGAGGAGACCAAGGAGGAGCUGGACUCCACGGACACCUCAGUGGUGAUCAGCUCCUGCUCCCUGGCCGAAGCCCGGCUGCUGCUGGACAACUUCCUGAAAGCCUCCAUCGACAAGGGGCUGCAGGUGGCGCAGAAGGAGGCGCAGAUCCGGCUGCUGGAGGGGCGGCUGCGGCAGUCGGACGUGGCCAGCUCCUCGCAGAACCACGCCCUGCUGGACGCCCUGCGGGAGAAGGCCGAGUCACACCCCGAGCUGCAGGCUCUGAUCCACAACGUGCAGCAAGAGAACGGCUACACCAGCACGGACGAGGAAGUUUCGGAGUUCAGCCUGGCCUCAGAUGGGAGCAUCUCCCAGUCUUUCACCAUGAAGGGCUCAGCAAGCCAGGAUGACUUCAAGUUCAAGGGAGAGCCCAAGCUCUCGGGGCAGAUGAAGGCAGUGUCUGCUGAGUGUCUGGGACCCACGCUGGACGUCUCCACCAAGAACAUCACCAAGUCCCUGGCGUCCCUGAUGGAGAUCAAGGAGGACGGGAUCGGCUUCUCCAUCCGGGACCCCUACUACAAGGAGAAGGUGUCGCGCACCAUCAGCCUGCCCACGCGGGGAAGCACCUUUCCCAGGCAGUCCCGGGGCUCGGACACUUCCCCCCUGACCAGGAGGAAAUCCUAUGACCGUGGGCAGCCUGCCAGGCCUGCAGACAUUGGCUUCACACCUCCCUCGUCCCCCCCGACCCGUCCGCGCAACGACCGCAACGUCUUCUCCCGUCUGACCAGCACCCAGAGCCAGGGAUCUGCCUUGGACAAGUCUGAUGACAGCGAUUCCUCUGUCUCGGAGGUGCUGAGGGGCAUCAUCAACCCCGUGGGUGGCACCAAGAAUGCCAGGACAGCCCCACUGCAGUGUGUCUCGGUGGCAGAGGGACACACCAAGCCUGUGCUCUGCCUGGAUGCCACUGAUGAGCUGCUCUUCACCGGCUCCAAAGACCGGAGCUGCAAGAUGUGGAACCUGGUGACAGGCCAGGAGAUCGCUUCUCUCAAGGGGCACCCGAACAACGUGGUUUCCAUCAAGUACUGCAGCCACACGGGGCUGGUGUUCACCGUGUCCACGUCCUACAUCAAGGUGUGGGACAUCCGCGACUGCGCCCGCUGCGUCCGCACCCUCACGUCUUCUGGACAGGUGAUCUCUGGGGACGCCUGUGCUGGCACCAGCAACCGCACGGUCACCAGCGUGCAGGGGGAGCACCAGAUCAACCAGAUUGCACUGAACCCCACGGGCACCACGCUGUAUGCUGCUGCUGGCAACUCUGUCCGGGUCUGGGAGCUGAGCAGGCUGCAGCCCGUGGGGAAGCUGAGCGGCCACAUCGGGCCUGUGAUGUGCCUGACAGUGAACCAGACUGCCAGCAACCACGACCUGGUGGUGACAGGCUCCAAGGAUCACUAUGUCAAGGUGUUUGAGAUCACCGAGGGCACAGUGGGCAACGUUGGCCCCACUCACAACUUCGAGCCCCCUCACUACGAUGGCAUUGAGUGCCUGGCCAUCCAGGGGGACGUGCUGUUCAGCGGCUCCAGGGACAACGGCAUCAAGAAGUGGGAUCUGGAGCAGCAGGAGCUAAUCCAGCAAAUCCCCAAUGCCCACAAGGACUGGGUGUGUGCCCUGGCCUUCAUCCCCGGGCGCCCCAUGGUGCUGAGCGCCUGCCGAGGAGGCGUCAUCAAGGUGUGGAACGUGGACACCUUCACCCCCGUGGGGGAGAUCAAGGGGCACGAGAGCCCCAUCAACGCCAUCUGCACCAACUCCAAGCACAUCUUCACUGCCUCCAGCGACUGCCGGGUAAAGUUAUGGAAUUACGUGCCUGGGCUCACCCCUUGCCUUCCACGACGCGUCCUUGCCAUAAAGGGCCGUGCUACUAGUCUGCCUUGACCCUCCUGCUCUCUGACUCUCUUGCUCAUACGCUCUUCUUCCUUCUCUCUUUCCCUUUUCUCUCCAU